AUGAGAAGAGCUGGUCUAAGUCCUGACAGGGCGACAUGUUCUAGCAUCAUGAAGUCUUCCUCAAGCCUAGCAGUGAUUGGGAUUGGAAGGCAAUUGCAUGCUUACCUCACAAAAUCAGGCCACAUGCCCAGCGUGUUCUCAGGUAGUGCCCUUCUUGAUAUGUAUGCAAAAUGUGGUUGUUUGGAUGAAGCCAUCAGAACAUUUAAUGAGAUGCCCGAGAAGAAUUCCAUCACGUGGAAUGCUGUAAUUUCAGCAUAUGCGCAAUAUGGACAGGCAAAGAAUGCCAUCAGGAUGUUUGACAGCAUGCUUCAUUGUGGUCUUUGUCCAGAUCCAGUCACUUUCUUGAGUGUGCUAGCAGCCUGUGGUCAUAAUGGUCUUGCGGAAGAAUCCAUGAAAUACUUUGACCUGAUGAGAUAUUACUAUAGCAUGAUCUACGGAAACCAGGAUUUAGCUACAGUGGCUGCUGAAAAAUUGUUCACUAUGGUGCCCACAGACGCGACUGCCUAUGUCAUACUGUCCAACAUAUAUGCUAAAGCUGGUAAUUGGGAAGGUGCUGCACGUGUGAAAAAGAUUAUGAGAGAUAGAGGAGUUAAGAAAGAGUCAGGUAACAGUUGGGUUGAAAUCAAGCAAAAGAUCUACAUCUUCUCUUCUAAUGAUCACACCAACCCAAUGAUAGAUGAGAUUAAAGAAGAGCUUGAGAGGUUGUACGAAGAGAUGGAUAAACAAGGCUAUGAGCCCGAUACUAGCUGUGCCUUGCAUAUGGUGGAUAAUAAGGAAAAGUUGGAGUCACUGAAAUACCACAGUGAGAGAUUGGCCAUCGCGUUUGCCUUGAUUAAUACCCCACCAGGGACACCAAUUACGGUUAUGAAGAACUUGAGUGCCUGCCUAGAUUGUCAUGCUGCCAUCAAGAUGAUAUCGAAGAUUGUGAACAGAGACAUUAUCAAUACUUUGCUGCUAAGAGCGAUUCCUGGGCUCAACGACAUAGGCAAAGCUUUGUUAGGACCUGUCUCGGAGCAAGUUAUGGUCCUCCAGAACAUUGGAACAUCAGUUCUCGUCUCCCCAAACCAGCUUCCAGAUCUCCACCAACUGCUGGCUGAGGCUGCAACGCUCUUGAACACGGAAGCUCCUGACUUGUACAUAAGGCAGAAUCCUGUUCCAAAUGCUUACACCUUAGCAAUCAAUGGCAAAAAACCAUUCAUCGUCGUUCACACAAGCCUUGUGGAGCUGCUUACUCCAAAGGAAUUGCAGGCUGUUUUGGCUCAUGAGCUGGGUCACCUCAAGUGCGAUCAUGGUGUGUGGCUCACUUUCGCCAAUAUACUCACAAUGGGAGCAUACACUGUCCCUGGUUUUGGCAUGGUUGCUGGCUUCCUGGAAGAGCAGCUAUACAGAUGGCUACGAGCUGCAGAGCUGACUUGUGACAGGGCAGCUCUUCUUGUUGUGCAAGACCCAAAGGUUGUCAUCUCUGUUUUGAUGAAAUUGGCCGGAGGAUGCCCAUCUCUUGCCGACCAGCUAAACGUGGAUGCCUUCUUGGAGCAAGCUCGUUCCUACGACAAAGCUGCAUCGAACCCAGUUGGGUGGUACAUCCGGAACGCGCAAACCAGAGAGCUUUCACACCCUUUGCCUGUGAUGCGAGCCCGCGAGAUUGAUGAGUGGUCAAGAAGCCAGGAGUACAAGACCAUAAUGCAAAAAAUGCUUCAGCUGGAGCUAAACAGAGUAUAG